AUGGCUGAAUUGGAAGUUGUUGGUACUUUCGGCGUCUGGGACUACGUGGUGUUUGGCUGCAUGCUUCUCAUCUCCUUGAGCAUCGGCUUCUUCUACGGUUGCACCGGCGGCAAACAGCGGACGACCAGCGAGUUCCUGCUGGCCGACCGCAACAUGAACCCCAUCCCCGUGGCCUUGUCACUGGUGGCUAGCUUCAUCUCGGCAAUCACAGUCCUGGGUACGCCGGCCGAGGUCUACAUCUACGGCUCCAUGUUCUGGCUGUUCGCCUUCACCUACCCCAUCAUCGCUUUCGUGGUGUCGCGGCUGUUUAUCCCGACGUUUUUCAGGCUUAAUGUGACCAGUGCAAACGAGUACCUCGAGUUACGCUUCGGCAAAGCAGUUCGCAUCUCAGCCACUCUAACAUUUUUCCUGAAUAUGGUAUUCUACAUGGGAAUUGUCAUCUACGCUCCAGCCUUGGCACUCAAUGCGGUGACCAACAUCAGCUUGUGGGGAUCCGUCCUGGCCACGGGACUCGUCUGCACCGUAUAUACAACUAUUGGUGGCAUGAAGGCCGUGCUGUGGACCGACGUGUUUCAGACGUGCCUCAUGAUGGCGGGCUUUCUGGCCAUCAUCAUCGAGGGAACUAUCCGCCUGGGUGGAAUCGGCAACGUCUGGCAGAUCGCCGAGGAAGGAGGCCGCAUCGACUUCUGGAAUUUCAACAUCGAUCCAAGCAUUCGCCACACGUUUUGGUCCAUUGUCGUUGGGGGAUGCUUCACGUGGUCGACGACUUACGCUGUCAACCAAUCGCAGGUGCAGCGCUACAUGACGACAGGAAGCGUCAAAAGAGCCCGGAUAGCUAUGUGUUUAGCAGCUGUUGGCAUGAUCAUUGUCGUCUCGGCGGCCUGUUUGUCUGGUCUCGUCAUGUAUUCCUUCUAUGCAGAGAAACAGUGCGACCCCUACACCAGCAACAAAGUCUCACAGACCGACCAGUUGAUUCCUUACUUCAUGAUGGAGUUGUUUGGGCGGGUCCCCGGCCUUCCAGGAUUCUUCACUUCAGCUGUUUUCAGUGCAGCGCUGAGUACGGUUUCUUCUGGUCUGAACGCUCUAGCCGCUGUGACAGCUGAGGAUCUGGUCAAGCCCUGUUUCCCCCGCAUCAGUCAAGAGCGAUUCACGCUAAUUACAAAAGGCAUUGCCCUUGGAUUUGGCCUGCUUUGCAUAGUGAUUUCGUACAUAACCUCGUUGCUCAACCAGGGUGUUUUGCAGUUAGCACUGAGCCUCUUCGGUAUGACCGGAGGUCCACUGCUGGGUCUGUACAGCCUGGGACUGUUCUUUCCCUGGACUAACUCAAAGGGUGCAAUCACGGGGCUUGUGGCAGGUCUGGGAUUCGCCUUUUGGGUCGGCGUAGGGGCAGUCAUUUACCCGCCGAGUGCCUACAGACCGCCGCUAACCAUCGAAGGAUGCAACCUGACCACCACGACACCCAGCCCACUUUUGACGACGACUCUCCCGCCAGAAAUCCCACCUACUGCUGAAUUGUACACACUUUCAUACGCCUGGUAUGCUUGUGUCUUUUGGCUGGUGACCGUCUUCGUUGGAAUAUUGGCCAGUUUUCUAACCGGUGCCACCAAGAGGCAAGACAUCGACCCUGUCCUUCGGUCUCAUUGCGUAGACGGUCUGUACUGUUGCCUCCCAGAAGUGAUUAAGAAGCCACUGCGAUGCGGAGACGAAAAACCGGAUUACACCAAGAAAGACGAGGAGGCAGAUGUGCUCGAGGUGAAAGAGAUCAACCCAUACUUAACUGAUCCAGCCGUGGAUAACGAUGGUGUUGACAUAGUGACAGUUGCCACGGAGCAACCGGAAAACACUGGCAAGGAGAACGGCCUGGACAACGAGGUCUUCUCAGCUAUGUGA